CAGCUGUCUUGAGUGGCUGCAGGUUUCUCUGGGGUGGUGGGAGUGUGUGUGUGUGAGGGUGGGGGCUGUCACUUUUACACACAAGUACCCAGCCCACUUCUAUUAACUGAACAGCAGUGGUGAACAGACUUUCAAUUGAAAACACGUUCUUCUGGAUGUACAAUGCUAAAAGGAGUUACGUGCUAGCAUGAGAUCCCUGAGUUUCGUUCUGAGUGCCCUGCUGCCGCUGGUUUUCCUGGUUGAACACUGCUAUGGAGUGUCCUACUUCGGUGAAAGUUUCUGCAAGAUCAAGGCCACCCAUGAUGUAACUUCCUUCAACCUAUCGCUGAAGUUCUUGACCAGCAAACGCAGUGGGCUUCUCUUCCUGGCUGCUGGGCUCAGCGACCACCUGCUGCUAGAGCUCAGGGAUGGACAUCUGCAGGUACAUUUGGAGUUGGGGUCUGGUGAAGUGGUCCUAACAUCUGAGUCUGGCCUGAAGCUCAAUAACCUUGUUUACCAUGACGUGACCAUCACUUUGAAGGAGAGAUUGUUGACCAUGGUGAUCGAUUCAUUUUUCUCCCGCUCUGCUAAGCUCCCUAACAUCCAGCAGGACUUGAGCAUUGACCUUGGAUUUUACUUGGGAGGAACAGGUAACCAGGAGAGGAUACCCUAUCUGGAAGGAUCUGCCCCACCCUUCAGGGGCUGCCUAAGUGACAUUGUAUUUAAAUUCAAUGAUGUAGACCUCUUAGCCUCGGAUCAUGAACAAUCCGAGUGUCACGAGGUCACCAAGGGCUGCAGCGAGGAGUUCCAGGCUGGGGAAGGAGAUUCAAUCCGCCUCAUCAGCCCCAAUUCAUUUGUUGCCUUCCCAACUUGGAAUGCACAGGAAAGCAGGACACUUGAGCUGCUUAUGAAGACCACACUUGAAGAAUCACUUUUGCUUUUCCAUGCUGGGCAUCAGACAGACUUUAUAACUUUAGGACUAGUGGCUGGUUACUUAAGGGGGGUUGUAAACCAAGGCAGCGGGGCUGUAAUCCUGGACAAUCCUUUUGUUCAAGUGGCCGAUGAUCAAUGGCACAGAGUCAAAAUCAGAAUUGACCCUGGCUCGUUUGAAAUCACUGUGGAUAGUCAAGCCUCUGGGGUGUCAUUGAGUGGCACUGAGAGCUUAGAUCUGAAGGGGAAUCUAUACUUUGGUGUUCUUUGGAAGACGGUUCAGGAUGAUCUCGGGAAAACUGGGGUCAUAUAUCAUCUUGGGGAUGUGACAACAGAUGACUCUUUCGUUGGUUGUCUCGGAGACAUAAAAGUCAACCAUGAAGAGAGAAGCCUGCGGGAUGUUCUGAUAUCAAAGGACAUCCAGACCACCUGUGAUGACGAAGAUUAUGGGGACUAUUCAAGCUCAUAUGAUGAGGAAUCUGUAGUUACCCCAACUCCGAACUCCGACGUAUUUGAGUUUAUAGAUGUUGACCCUGAUGAACAGCAUUGCCACCCUACUGGAGACAUGCCACCUGUUUUUUGGAAUGUCACUCAGCUCUUAAAAAUUAGCCCACUGAUUGUCCCUGAAGGUGGGCAAGCCUUUCUGGACUUAAACCACCUCCAACCUACUGUGGACCUAAACAGCAUAGGCAUCAGGCAGUCCCAGAUUGUCUUCACACUGCAGAAAGACCCUUGGUAUGGUCAUAUGGAUUUAAAUGUAAACAACUUGAAUAGAAGACAAAAGUUCACCCUUCUUGAUGUGGUCAAUAAGAAAAUCAAGUACAUCCAUGAUGGUUCAGAAAUAUACAUGGACCAGCUGCUGUUUGAUGUGGUAGCCUACAGCACAGGCUUCCUUCCUGAAUGUUUGGUAACCAAGCAGUAUACACUUCCCAUACAGAUCACACCCAUCAACGACAUACCACAGCUGAAUGGAGGAGACACUUGGAUCUCAGAGUACACACGCACACGCCUGGGUUCCAACUUCAUCCGUGUAGUAGAUGCAGACACCAGAUGUGAUGAACUAAAGCUAUCAGUGACUUCUGGACCCAGUAAGGAGGAGGGUUAUUUAGAAAACCGUCAACAACCAGGGCAGAGCAUAGAAGAGUUCACAUGUAUGGAACUUAAAGAUGGAGACAUCUACUAUGUACACAAGAGUGGAAGCUUUGCUCAACUAAAUAUUCAGGUCUCUGAUGGACGCUCAAUCAGCCAGCCAGCCACGUUCAAUCUCAAUGUCAGAAAACCGCAGAUGGCACUUGAAACAAAUACCGGCCUCAUCCUGUCCCAGGGUGAAGCAUCUGAGAUUGGUAUCCACAACUUGGCGGUGUCAUCCACUCCUCAGAAUGGUGUCAUUGUGUACAAUGUCACCAAGUCCCUGCAUUUUGGAGAGCUUCAGAAACUGGAAAAUAGAGAGUGGAAACACGUGAGAUCCUUCCAUCAAGAAGAUCUGAGUCAAGGCCAUUUGAGGUACUUCAGCACAGACACUCACCAUCACAGUGAGGUGGUGGUUGAGAGGGUUCAGUUUGAUGUGCAACUGGGCCAUCUGCUCCUGAGAAACAACACCUUCUUGAUCAAAAUCAAGCCCUCCAGAUUCAAAAUGGUAAAACUGGUUCCACUACUGGUUGCAAAAGGAGGGCAAAAGGCUAUCACACUGGAGGAGCUGGAGGUGGUCCUGAAGGGACAAAGUGUUGAUUACACUUCCUUCCAAUAUAUGAUCCUGAAGGCCCCUGCUAAGGGUAGUCUGCUGCUGCUGGAUCGAGAACUAUUUGAAGGAGACACUUUCACUCAAGAAGAUCUGAGAAAAUCUCAUCUCAACUACAAGGUUAGGAUCCGCAGAGCUGUGGAGAUUGAGGAUGAGUUCCAGUUCCAGGUGUUUGUAGAUCAGCAAAACUCACCUGUAUACACUUACCCAAUUAGGAUUCUAGCCGACCCAGAAGUACCUGUCUUAAUAAAUGAGGGACUGACUGUUGUAGAAGGUGAAGAAAAAGUCUUGACUAAAGACCAUCUCUGGCUUCAGAGUAGAAAAAUAACAGAUUUUGUGUACCGGGUCAUUCAGAACCCUCAGCAUGGACGGCUUAUCAGGGAAUCUCCAGUUGGACAGCCAAGGUUUGAAGGAGCAGUCAGUGUGUUCAGUAAUGAAGACCUACUCCUGGAGAGGCUGAUCUAUAAGCAUGAUGGGUCAGAGAGCAGUGAAGAUGAAUUUGCUUUUCUGGCUUUAGAGCAGACCAAAGAGAGCUCUAUGGUCCAAGCUUUGUGGCAAGAUUCGGUGAAAGGAGUGUUCAAAAUCAACAUACAGUCCAGGAAUGACCAUGUGCCAGUCCGUUUAGUGGACAAGACCUUCAGUGUUGUCAGAAAUGGUCAGCGUUUGUUGACCACAGAGGACAUCCUCUUUGGUGAUGAAGAUUCUGACUUCAAUGAUUCCCAAUUGGUCUAUGUGCGGAUGGGUAUUCCCUAUGGCAAUAUAGUGUCAGCACAAGAUAACUCCCAGUCACUUUUUCGUUUCACCCAGGGGGACCUAAGGGAGAAGAAGGUGCUUUUUGUGCACCAGGGUGCAGAUCGCGGCAGGUUUCAGCUGCAGGUAUCUGACGGACUUCACAAAACUACAGCUCUGCUAGAAAUCCAGGCCUCAGACCCUUAUCUUCAAAUAGCAAAUAAUACCAUGAUUGUUGUCGACCAAGGUGGGUCCAAGAAGCUGGACAGCACCAUCUUAAGCGUGGAGUCCAACAUGGAUAUCAGAGACCCAAAGGACAUCAAGUAUGAGGUGGUUGUGCCUCCGAGAGAAGGGGAGAUCACAGUUAAUGGACAGGAGGCCAUGUCUUUUUCCCAGGACAACCUCAGGAAAGGGAUGGUGUCAUACCACCACAGUGAUAAAAGUCUAAACUCCAAGGACUACUUCGAGUUCACAGUGAAAGCCAAUCAGAUCUCAGUAGAAGGAAUGUUCAGAAUAAGGAUUUUUAGGGAAGGCUACCAGUUACCGCCUAAAGUAGUGAAAAAUGAGCUGAUCUACUCCUUUGAAGGAGAGCUGACUGAGAUCAACCAGGACCUUCUGAUGGUGGAACAUGCUGAUUUCCUACCCUCUGAAGUUGUUUAUUACAUUAAAGAGCCUCCCCAACAAGGUCAGAUUAUCACACUAGUCAAUGACUCUGCCACCACAGCAGCCCCCAGCUUGUAUAACACCCAGUCCUUCACUCAGGAGGACAUCAACAAUGGCAGAGUCAUCUACAUCUCCAAGCUGGGUCAGCAAAGUGACGCCUUCACAGUGGAUGUGACCAACGGGAUGACCAGCGUGGAAAACAUCCGAGUUCUCUUUGAGAUUAUUCCUAACAUGAUUCCCCUUCAGGUGAAGAAUAUUAUGCUCAUGGAAGGAGGGUCCAAGGCACUGAAUAAAGACAUCCUCAGAGUGUCUGACCAGUACUACAGCAGUGUGAACAUAGACCUCGUUGUAGACGAGCCACCCAGACACGGCACUCUUAGGUAUCUAGCCAGAGAUGAGUAUGUGGUGUCCUUCUUCACUUGGAAUGAGGUGGACCAAGGGCUGAUCCUCUACCAUCAUGAUGGCAGCAAUACUGAAUUCGACAGCUUCACACUUACAGCCUCAGCUUCUGAGAUAGACAGGGACAGCAGACCGGUGACAGUCAACAUUACUAUCAUUCCAGUCGACGAUGAUCCUCCCAGAGUUACAGUCAAUAGUGGAUUGGAGAUUUGGCCUGGAGAAACUGCUGAAAUAGGUCAAAGUGUUUUGAGUAGUGAAGAUUGGGACACCCCCGCAGAAGAUUUGAAAUAUUCCAUCGAGCCCCCAUCCAAUGGACGGGUGGCACUGCGAUCAUCGCCUAGCAACAGCAUCCAGAGCUUCAGUCAAGCGCAAAUAAAUGAUGGGCAAGUGAUUUUCAUCCAUGAAGGUUCGCUGUCUGGUGGUUUUAGAUUCACGGUGAGUGACGGAACACACACCUCCGCUCAGGUCUUUAAUGUUACUGUGAGGCAGCUGUCCAUCGUCAUGGAAACCAAGGGGGAGCUUUCAGUGUAUCCAGGAACAAGCAAACAAAUCACCAACCAGAUCCUUAAAGCAGUGACCAAUGGCGUGAGAGAGGAGGCGCUCUCAGAGGAGAUAACCUAUCAUGUUUUGAGAGCACCGCAUCUAGGCAAACUGGUCUCAGCCAAUCAGACCGUGGUGUCCAGUUUCACUCAAGCAGAGCUGGAGACUGGAUCUAUCUGGUAUCAGCAGGAGCUCCCCAAUGAGGCAUUCUGGAUUUCCCAAGACUCCAUUGAUUUCCUGCUGUCUGCUCCUCCAGCCUCCGAGCUUGAACACACACUCCUGGUAUCCAUAUCCUUCCUGGAGCAGAACCCCACCGGCUCCUCCCAGCUUUGGAAGAAUACAGGUCUGAACGUCCAGGAAGGUGAAAGUACAACCAUUGACAGAUCCAAAUUAGAUGCUUCCAACUUCCUGGCCAGUCUACCGAUGCCUCUAAGUGCGUCCAAUGACAUUGUGUUUGAGGUGACAAGGUUUCCUGCACAUGGAAGGCUCUCUUUGGCUGGCCAAGCCUUGCAACUGAACUUUCCGUACUUCUUGCAAGAGCAUAUAGAUAGAAGGGAACUUAAGUACCACCACGAUGGUUCAGACACUGAAGCAGACAGCUUCACCUUUCAAGUAUGGCUCAAGCCAAGGGAACAACAACUUGGAAGUCAGUCACAAAAAGGCAUUGUCAUUGAAGAGGCCUUCAACAUCUCCAUCAAGCCCAUAAACUACAAUCCUCCUGAACUGGUGAGCCAAAACCUUGUUCUGGAAGUCCUACAGGGUUCCAUUAACGUUCUUAGCCAAGAGAACCUGAAUACUGUUGACCAGGACAGUUUGCCUAACAAGAUUAUCUUUACAGUUACAAGAGGUCCUACCAAUGGUCUCCUAAUUGAUAGAGACACAAACAACAUAAUCAACUGGUUCACACAAGCAAACAUCAACUCUGGCCAGGUAGCUUUUGUCAGUGAUGGAAGCCUAUCUCCUGGUUUUAUGGACUUCAUUAUCUUUGAUGGAAAGCAUCAGACUUCCUCUUAUACAUUGAAUAUCAAUGUAUUUUCAAGGAAUCUGACUUUGGUCCAAGCUGAGGAGAUCCAUGUUAAACAAGGAGACACCAAAACUCUAAUAACAAAUAAUGUUCUCAAGGGGAUGGUGGAUUCGAAGAAACAGCAGGAGGUGCUCUACAAGAUAACUGAAAAUCCAAAAUAUGGAACUGUGGUAGUUGAUCAGCUCCCCGUGUCUCAGUUCUCACAGAGGGAAAUUGAUGAAGGGAGAGUCAGCUUCCAGUUCUUGAACUUCACAUCCCAUAAGGACAGUUUCAGGUUCAUGGCGCAAUCCAGUGCAGCCAAUGUUUCUGGUGUUCUGAACGUCACUGUGAGUCCCCUGGUGGACUUACCAGAGGAUCCCCUUUGGCCCAGAGAAACAACCAUCUUGAUGGACACCAGCAUAUUAAAUGCCUCAAAACUGGCCAACAGGACUGAGAGUAUUCCAUCUUACAAGAUAACACUUCAACCAAGAGGAGCCAGGUUUUUACCAUCUAACAGCGGCAAGGACAAGAAUGGCACAUUACACUUCUUCACCCAAAAAGACCUUGAGGAAGGAAGGAUUGUCCUGGAAAUAUUUAACCAAACAGAUACAGGUGAUCAGGUUCAGAAUGAUACCUUUCAGUUUAUUCUGAUGGCAAAAGAUGUCCCGCCAGCUCUGGGUUCCUUAUCCUUCAGGACUGCCCCCUACAACUCCUCUGUCAUCUAUGAUGCAAUUUUGAUCAAGGUUCCAUCCAGUGGGACUGGGGACCUAGACCAAGAAGGCAGGAACCUCCCUGGGGUGGAGGAUUCUUCUUUAGCCUCUCCAGAUACAUCACGGUGGGGAGAGACUAAAGAUGGGGCUUCCAAAGUUCACCCAACCUCCCGUCCUGUGAAAGCAGGAACCGAAAAGAAACAAGCAAUGGUAUCUUUGGAAAACAACAUUUUAGCAAUCAUCAUUCCCAUCUGUGUCAUCAUCUUGCUCUUAAUUGUGGCGGCUAUCUUGGCAUAUUACCUCGUCCAUCGCAACAAAACCGGGAAGCAUGAUGUCCAGGUGAUCUCCUCCAAGCCCAAAAACGGAGAGAUCAACAAAGAGACAUUUCGGAAGACUGAGCCUGCCCACAGCAUACCUCUAUCGAACAUGGGCCCACAAGUCUCCAAGGAAGGGUUUCAAGGCAAUUCAGGACCCCCCAGUGGAGAACUUGACCCUGAGAUAUUGCAGUACUGUAGGACAACAAACCCAGCUUUAAAAAAGAAUCAGUACUGGGUGUAAGCUUGGCGCAUGACCACAUUGGAGGAGUUCCAUUCAAUUCAUUUUAAAGAGUUUUAAAAGUCAUUCCUCGCAGUAUUAUUCAAAUUUUGUUACUAGGGCUUAACCCACCACUGGCCUUUAUUUUCCUCAGGUUUUGCAAAAUGUAUGAUAGGUUCCUCUAGGCUGGUAUUUCUAGUAUAGUUUAGGUAGCAACUAACUUAGUUAUACCUCACUAAUAAAACUCACCGUAUGAAGAUUAUGAUAGCUGUCACAAGUGCUCAGUUUAUCACUGAUACACAUACUGUAUUAAGAAUAUUAUGUCAAAAGAAGGUAUGUUUUUAUUAUGCUAGAAUGUAUAGAUUCCAUUAGCUGAUGGGAUAGCUGGACUGUGUUGAGCAAAAUCAACAUAAUGUACAAAUAGAUACUAGAUAGACCAACCAAACUUCUAGCAAUUAUAUGACAUGGAAUGUCAAAACACCUACAGUGUAUUAAGUGCUUACGACAGCUACUGAA